CACGAAAUGUGUGCAAAGCACGUGACAACUCAUCCAUCAUACACCACCAGUCCACCACCCAAUUAUCUGAUCUUUUUUAACUGAAACCAACAGCCAUCCACACAAACACACUCUCUCCAUUUUUUCCUCUUUGGAUCAAUCGAGUUGUUCAUAGAUCAGUAGAUGGCUGGUGUCCUCGAAACUCUUACUGUUCCCCGAACUUCCGGUUUUCCGUCGGCGUCUUUGUCUCCGAUCGUCUCUUCUCCUCUUUCUCGGCUCUCUAGUCGCCGGAAUAUUAUAAAAUUGCCGGAAUCAAGAGGUUUGAGAAUCCAGUCGUUUGGUUCUUCCAGAUCGGUGAGCUUGAGAGCUAAAUCUGGUCGCCGUGGAGCACGUAUCGUAUGCGAGGCUCAAGAAGCCGUCCAAGUGCUUCCUGUCACUGAUGCAACAUGGCAAUCACUAGUCCUGGAAUCUGGUCUCCCUGUAAUGGUUGAAUUCUGGGCUCCAUGGUGUGGGCCAUGUCGUAUGAUUCACCCAGUGAUAGAUGAACUUGCAAAGGAAUACAACGGGAAGCUCACUUGUUACAAGCUGCAUAGAGAAGUUCUUGUAGAGAUGCUUUGGCCUUUGAGCAUCAUCAAUAAUUUCCCCGUAUAGUUGGAUCUUAAUGUAUUUUCUGAAGCCAAACUGCAAAAAAACCAUUUGACAUGUUUAUUGUUUUCUUUUACUCUUGCUCAAAGUCAAAACCAUUUGACAUCUUCUUCAAGUGGUUUGUUGAGGAAAUCAGACUUUAUUUUGCAAUUAUUUUGAAAGAGAUAUGGUGUUGA